CACGCACUAAGCACGCUUCAUGCGCCAAGUCAAAAAAAUGAACAGGUACUCACGACUCAAGACUGUAAAGCACGAAGGAAGAUAAGUGAUUGAGAUCUAGCUGCUGCUGCUGCUACAGCAGAUGUGGUGUCGCAUGACCCUGCUGCAUGCUCGUCGUCGCCCUUUUCUCACUCACCUUGUGCGAUCAGGCAAACCCACCCCCCCCCAACCAAUCACCGAACCAAACAACGCAGAACUUUUUCAUUGUGAUUUGGGCGUGUUUGCAUGUGGCAGGCACACUUUCGAGAAAAGAUUUCUUCAGCCAAGCCUCGAUUUUCGCGAAUAUGUGUGCAAUCUAUUCACAACAGUCCCUCCCCCCACACCCCAGGCGCUUCAAAGCAGUCAGAGUCCGUCACAUGAAUCGUGAAUCAUGGAAGCCCUGCACAAGCAUCUCCUUCGGAUAUGCUUCUCGGUACAUCGUCUUGUUGUCAAGCAACCAUUCAUCCCCUCAGACCUAGCUGUACGGCCGCUUGAAUUGAAUCUUUCCCAAGCUUCGAGGCAGCUUAUCCUUGCGCCAAGCCGUCGGCGGCGAUGAGUCGCAGCUACAAGAUUGUGCCAUCGCCCUGCUCCCGUCCGCAAUGAUAGCUCGACGAAAGUCAUCUUUUCUG